CGAUAGACCAACAUAUACUACUGUUAUCGAUAAGCGUCUAUGUUUUUUUCCAAGCGAAAAUUUUGUUAAAAAAAAUUACAAGCCUCAGAAUUGGUGUAAAAAUGACUUCGUUGGACCCGGCGCCAAACAAAACUUGGGAGCUGUCCCUUUACGAGCUGCAACGCAAGCCGCAGGAGGUGAUUACGGAUAGCACGGAAAUAGCGGUGUCCCCGCGGAGUCUUCACAGCGAGCUGAUGUGUCCCAUCUGCCUGGACAUGCUAAAAAAGACGAUGACGACUAAGGAGUGCCUACAUCGCUUCUGCUCCGACUGCAUCGUCACCGCCCUGCGAUCCGGAAACAAAGAGUGUCCAACUUGCCGGAAAAAACUGGUUUCGAAGCGCUCCCUGCGUGCUGAUCCCAACUUUGACCUGCUAAUCUCAAAGAUCUACCCCAGUCGCGAGGAGUACGAGGCCAUCCAAGAGAAGGUGAUGGCCAAGUUUAAUCAGACGCAGUCGCAGCAGGCGCUGGUAAACUCCAUUAACGAGGGCAUCAAGCUGCAAUCCCAAAACCGACCGCAACGAUUCAGAACCAAGGGUGGCGGUGGAGGAGGCAAUGGUAAUGGUGCUGCAAAUGUGGCAGCUCCUCCGGCGCCUGGUGCACCCGCUGCUGUGGCCCGUAAUGCUUCCAAUCAGUUGCACGUUCACGACACAGCCUCCAAUGAUAGCAACAGCAAUACCAACAGCAUAGACCGCGAAAACCGAGAUCCAGGCCACUCGGGCACCUCGGCAGCCUCGGCCAUUACAAGCGUCUCCAAUGCAGCACCGUCCUCUUCGGCGAACUCGGGCGCCAGCACUUCAACCACCCGAAUGCAAGUGGACGACGCCUCCAACCCACCAUCUAUGCGAAGUACACCCUCGCCGGUACCCUCUAACUCGAGCAGUUCUAAGCCGAAACGCGCCAUGUCUGUGUUGACUUCGGAGCGGUCCGAGGAGUCAGAAUCGGACUCACAGAUGGACUGUCGGACCGAGGGUGACUCCAACAUUGACACCGAGGGCGAAGGCAAUGGCGAGCUGGGCAUCAAUGAUGAAAUCGAGCUUGUGUUCAAGCCCCAUCCCACAGAGAUGUCCGCGGAUAACCAGCUAAUACGGGCACUUAAAGAGAAUUGCGUGCGGUACAUAAAAACCACGGCCAAUGCCACGGUCGAUCAUCUCAGCAAGUAUCUGGCCAUGCGGCUCACCCUAGAUCUGGGCGCCGACUUGCCGGAGGCCUGUCGCUUGCUCAACUUUUGCAUCUACGUAGCUCCACAGCCCCAGCAACUAGUUAUCCUGAACGGCAACCAGACAUUGCAUCAGGUCAACGAUAAAUUCUGGAAGGUUAACAAGCCGAUGGAAAUGUAUUACUCGUGGAAGAAAACAUAAGCAUUACGAAAGUUUAUUUGUAUUAGGCCGAUUAUUUCUAAUGGAAAUAUCUCUAGCUGUAGAGCUUAACACGUAUAUAAAACAUUCAAUACAAAGCAAAAUAAAUUUGAUUAUAAGUAAA